CCAGCCCGCACCCAGCCAAACCUCUCAAGCCUCGAAAAAAGAGGUACUUGUCAGCAUAGCGACGAAGAAAACCAAAAACAAAGAAAAUAACAAAGAAAAUAACAAAACAAAAAAUGAACCAAAACCCCUGAAGAAGAAAACAAAACCCAGAGAAAAACAAGAGAAUAAAAACACAAAGACAGCAAACAAAUAGCAAACAAACAACAAACAAACAACAAAAACAACAGACAAACGGCAGACAAACGACAGACACUACAGACACAACAAGAAGACGGGCAGCCAGAACAGGCCCCAUUGGUAUUUCGCAAUGCUCUAUUCGCGGCUGGGCCAGGAUCCAUUGCCCGCGGCGCCGCAGCCAUUCCCGGGCAAUUUUAAACGCGCGCCCAAAGUGCCAUAUAAGCCCGUGACGUUUCAAAGCACGGAAUAUUGGCGGCACAGGAAAAGACCAAGGCUCCACAAUUCCCAUCCAUAUGAGCUUCCUCAAAGGUUGGGCAGGGCCAAGCAGCAAAAACACCCCAGGGCCAGAACCAAAAAAACCGUCGGAUCUGAAAUGUCGGCCGCGGCCCCGGUUCGAAGACCCGCGCACGUCCAGGUCCCAGAAGAACACCCCAAUGCCGAGCUCACGUGCCGAGUCUACAGGGCCUCUCGCAGACCAUCCCAAAUUAACUACCCCUCGGCAACUUCCCGCCUUCUUGACCGUCCACAACGACAUGGCCCACCCAUCAGUAAAUAAAGCCCGCCUCGACACAGGCACUGCCAGGCGGGGGAGCUGGAUGGCACAAAACCAGAAAAAGAAAAUAUACUGAUUGAAGAAUCCACUUUGUGCACACUCCCGCCACAAGGCCAACCGCCCAACACAAAUCCCUCCAGGGAGGCCGAACAGGUGGUGGCGGUUGCCGCGAAUUCGGCAGCGUGGACCCGCGCCAGGGGCAAGUGAGAACACCCCCGAAAAAAUGACAGCGGGCCUGGCGCCGCGGCAGCUUUUGCGGGCCUCGGCCCUGCGCGCAAUCCCGUGGACAAAACAGGGAAACAGACGGCAGCAAAAGACUCGCGCCGCGCCGAGAAAACACCCGCCGCCCGAACAAAAAGAGCGCGAAACUCGGCCCCAACACACCGGCUCGACAAAAUGGCGCCAGAUUCGCGCCUGCCGCCCAAAGAAAAAAAAAAAAAAAUGGCCCCC